UACACACCAGCUCGUAUUACUCAUUCAUCCGACAACUUCCAGCAGCUGUACGAGUGGGCUGUGGAGUUAAUCAGAAGAGGUCACGCAUAUGUCUGUCAUCAACGAGUUGAAGAUAUGCGUGGGUUCGAUGUGCAGCUCUCCCCUUGGCGUUCAAGGCCAAUUGAGGAAUCAUUGCGGCUGUUUGAGGACAUGAAGCGAGGGAAGUUUGAUGAAGGCGAGGCAACUUUGCGUUUGAAACUCACUCUUGAGGAAGGAAAGGUUGAUCCAGUGGCAUACCGGAUCAAAUAUGUGCCACAUCACAGGACGGGAACUCAAUGGUGUAUUUAUCCGACAUACGACUACACGCACUGCCUUUGCGAUUCAAUAGAGAACAUUACACAUUCCUUGUGCACAAAGGAAUUCCAGUCAAGGCGCAGCUCCUAUUACGCUCUUUGUAACAUGCUUGACAUUUACUGUCCUGUACAGUGGGAAUAUGGUCGCUUGAACAUGAACUACACUGUUGUGUCGAAGCGGAAAAUCUUGAAGCUUAUCGAUGCCGGGAUUGUGAAGGAUUGGGACGAUCCGCGACUGUUCACCCUUGCUGCCUUACGUCGUCGUGGAAUUCCAGCGGAGGCGAUUAAUGCAUUCGUGGCCAAGUUGGGUUUGACAAUGACCCAAAUGGUCAUCGAUCCUCAUGUUUUAGACGCCACUGUUCGGGACCACUUGAAUGUCAACGCACCAAGAACAAUGGCUGUUCUCGAAGGAGUGAAGUUAACUAUUGAAAACUUCGAUGAAAUGAAUUUGCCAUCAUCAGUCACAGUUCCCGAUUUUCCCUCCGAUCCUCAAUGCGAGAAAAACCAUCAAGUCGCCUUUGAUCGUGUGGUAUAUAUUGAGCGAACGGACUACAGACAGGUGUGUUUGGCCCUUUCUGCUAAAUUCCGGCCUUCGAUUAGAUGUCGCAAUUGCAAGACGUAA